AUGCAAGACGAGGGGAGAGCAAAGCCGCAGCAGGAGGAGGCAGCCAGGACAAAGCGGAAGGUGGCCGCCGACGUGCUAACCGUUGCAACGAUUGCCCUCAUAGUCCGGGCACUCACUGCAGGGUACACCAUCAUAUGGUCACAACUGAUAAACAGUUACAAGUCUACGAAUGACCUGCUCUGCGAAGGAGAAAACUCCUCUCUGUGGAAUUAUGUAAAAUGUUUUUCUUCCUGGGAUGGAGAGUAUUUUUUACGCUUAUCAUUAAACGAGACGGAGUAUCUCUACGAGCAGAACCAUGCCUUUUUCCCUGCACUUCCUUUCGUAGUAGGUUCCUUAAAAAGGCUGUUGGAGGGGGGGUUCCCCCAUGUGAGUACCUGCACAAUGCAUAUGCUAAUCGCCAUAAUUGCUAAUAAUUUUUUUUUUGCCUUUUCCGCCAUUGGGUUGUACCUAUUUGUGUAUACCUCCCUCAGUGUAGGGGCAACACCUAUGGGUGUUGUGUCUUCCCAAAAGGAGAGCGCAAAGAAAGGGGCCACCUACAUGCAGAGUGUUAAAAGUGCGGAGGACUCGCGCCGCCUGAGCUUCCUGGCAGCCAUUCUAUUUACCGUCAACAUGGGCAGUAUACACAUGAGCAGUUUUUACAGUGAGAGUUUCUUUUGCUGUCUCUCCAUGUGGGGAUUCACCUUUUUACAGUGCUCCCUGAAUGUCAGCAAGGGGAGCUUCACCUUCGACCUGUUGGCAGUUUUGUGCUUUUCCCUUGCGUCCUUCUUCAGGUCCAACGGAAUUUUAUUUUUAAUUCCUCUUCUCGUGCACAACUUGAGAUCGUGCGCGUUGUGCGUGCACUGCGCAGGGGUGUUACCUCGCGGGGGGGAGGGAGACAGGGCAGUCAAAGCGAAGAGGUUGAGCUGCUCCUCAGACGAAGGGCAUACGUUGAGCCGCCUCCCAUACAAAGGGACCCUCUUGCAGUUUGCCCUCCACUGGGCAAAGGCACUCCUCGAAGCAGCUCUCGUGGUGCUGCCCCUCCUCACCUUUCAACUCUACGCCUACCACUUGUACUGCGUGCAGGGACAUGAUGACCAGUGGAGAGAGGAGCGCAAACAGUUUCACAAAUUUUUUUUAUCAUUUUGGGCAAACCCUCUUGAGUAUGCAAGCGGGGAGAGGUACACCCGUGUUGAAGACCAACUGAUUCGUAGACCCUGGUGCAAGAAAACCAUUCCAUUUAUUUACAGUUACAUUCAGCGUGAGUAUUGGGGUGUUAAGUUUUUAAAAGUGGUCAGAUCGCCCAGUGCCGGUGUGCUGUAUGCUUUGCCCGUUUAUUUUGUGUCUCUUCAUGCUGUGUAUGAUUUUUUUCUGUGCCGGAAGUUCCCCCGGGGGGGGGAGGCUUCUUUCCUGCUUAGCCCCUUCCUCGGGGGGGUCCUCCACCUGGGCGUGCUGUGCCUCUACCUGUUGCUGUUUGCCCACGGCGAGGUGAGCACGCGGCGUAGCUAUGAAGCGGCGAAGCGAUGA